GGUAGCAGCCCAGCGAGGACGAGGAGACCCGUAUAUGGACUGACCGCACAAUGCUGUCAGUCCAUGACGCGCGGCGCGCCGCGCGGGCAGGCGAAGUGGCAGCGCUCGAGCGACCGGCGCUCUGGCGCCGGGCGGCACGGCGCGCCGUCCGCCUCCGGCCUGGCCGCUACGGAGAGCGGCUGCGUGCAGCACGCGAGGGCGCUUGCCCGCCUUCGGUGGCCAAGCAGAUCGAAAAGGACCUGCACCGCACCUUCGGCUCGGUGCACGUGCGCGGCGUCCGGGUGCCGCAGGCGGAGGCGCUCAGCUCGCUCCGCAACGUGCUGCUCGCUUACGCGUCGCACAACCCUCGCGUCGGCUACUGCCAGUCGAUGAACUUCGUGGCUGCGGUGCUGCUGCUGGUGGUGGACGAGGAGACGGCCUUCGCGUGCCUCGCGACGGUGGUGGAGCGGGUGCUGCAGGGCCACUUCGCCGACGACAUGGCGAUGAGCCUCGUCGACGGGUCCGUGCUGCGCGGCCUCCUCUCCGCCAAAGAUCCGCAGCUGAUGCGACACCUCGAGGAGAUGCAGGUGGCGCCUUCCCUCGUGACGGCGCAGUGGUUGCUCACCUGCUUCGUCGCGAGCGCCAUGCCGCUGAGUGCGCUGCUGCGCGUGUGGGACUGUCUCUUCCUCGAGGCGGGGCGCUUGAGGGCCCGCUCCUCGAGGGGCGACUGCACGCCUCCUCCGCCGAGCCCGAGCCCUCGGCGGGAGGGGAGGGAGGAGGGGCGGGAGGGGCGGGAGGGGACGCGUGGUCGCUCGUCGACCGCGACUGCCUCGGCGGCAGCGGCUGGCCGCGCUCGUCGCUCUCCUUCGUCAUCCUGCAGCUCGAGACGCCAUCCUUCGUCGAGUCGUACUUCAAGCAGCAGGAGCAGCAGCAGCAGCCCAGCGAGAGCCACGCCGCGGCGGCCCCGACGCCGCGUGGUGCAGCGGAGGCGGGCGGCGGGAAGGAGUGGCUCCGGCGAGGCUCCAUCGUGCAGCGGGUGAUGGCCCGCCUCGACUCCCUCUCGGCCUCGCUGCUCGCAGCCUCGCCGAGAGCUGACGGAGAGGGCUGAGCGCGCUUUGGGUGUACGGCUUUACGCUUGAGUGUACGGGAGAGGUGAGGCGCGCGGUACGGUAACUUGGCCGUUGGGAAGGCGCGGAAUGUGCGCGGAUGUCAGUGUGUGGUUUUGACGUAUUGACGAUGUGU